GAGGUUUCAUCUAACGUGUCACAUCAACACUGAGAACCUGAUGAGUUUCACACACAAAAAAAACAUAGAUAUAAAUGUCAAAACCUAAUGAUAAAUUGACAUCCUGGAAGCGUUUUCUUUUUGAAUAAGCGGGAAAACGAUGGAGAAUAUUCAAAAUCUUCCCAUCGACAUCCAGACCAGCAAGCUGUUAGACUGGCUACUUGAUAGGCGUCACUGUAACAUUAAGUGGCAAAGUACAGUGAAAACGGUACGAGAGAAGAUCAAUGCCGCCAUUCAGGACAUGCCAGAAAACGAGGAGAUCAAGCAGCUUCUCUCUGGAUCCUACAUCCACUACUUUCAUUGUCUGAGAAUAGUGGAGAUACUGAAGGGAACUGAGGCUUCGUCCAAGAAUAUCUUUGGCAGAUAUUCUUCUCAGAGAAUGAAGGACUGGCAGGAGAUUGUGUCGCUUUAUGAAGCAGAUAAUGUUUAUUUAGCGGAGGUGGCCAGCUUGCUGAUUCGAAAUGUCAGCUAUGAAGGGCCGGCCCUCAGGAAGCAGAUCACCAAAGCUCAGCAGCUGCAGCAGGAGCUCAGCAGGCGGGAGGUGGAGUGUCAGAGCUCAGCAGCCGAGCUGAGGGAACGCUACUAUGCUGCCUGCAAACAGUACGGCAUUACUGGGGAAAAUGUUCAGCGGGAGCUUCAGGCUUUAGUCAAGGACCUACCUGCAGUCCUGGAGGAGGUUGGGAGGGAUGCAGCAAAGUUGGAGGAACAAAUUCAGCUUUACGCUGCAUUCACAAAUUUUCUGUGUGAUUGGUCAGAGCCGGUCCUGCCUAUACUAACGUUCACCCAGAAGAUGGGGAAUGUUACCUUUUAUGAGUGGAGGACAGGGAAAGCCCCCAGCCUGGUUGAAAGGCCGGUCGUGGAGGAAGCGCCUCCUGAUGCAGCAACAGAGGACACGAUUGACUGGGGGGAUUUUGGCCAUAAAGCAUCAGAUGAUCUGGGCGUGACCGCCGGGAUCGCAGUGGAGGAGGGAAUCGACUGGGGCAUCUCUCUGGAGCCGACAUCUGAGGACCCUGGUGCUUCCGGCAUCGACUGGGGCGACGGUGAAGCAGCUCCAGUUGAGAUAGAAAUUGUGGAUACAGGCACAGACUGUCCCGAGGGUGUGGCGAGGGGGGACGAUGCUCUGAGUAUACUGGAAAACUCCCAGUCACGCAGCCAGUUCAUUGAUGAGCUUAUGGAGCUUGAGGCGUUUCUCACUCAACGGGUCACUGAGAUGGGGGAUGAGGGCGACGUGGUGGCCAUGAGCCAGUUUCAGCUGGCUCCGUCUGUCAUCCAGAACCAAACCCGCGAACACAUCCGAGAAAUGUUGUCCCAGGUGCAGGACCUCCUGAGUCGGCUCACCUCCCUCCGCAUGCAGCACCUGUUCAUGAUCCAGGCAUCACCGAGGUAUGUUGAGCGUGUGUCAGAAAUGCUGAGGCAGAAGCUAAAGCAAGCAGAUAUUCUGGUGCUGAAAGCUGCUACAAUGGCUGAGAAAAGGCAAGAAGCCCUUCAGGAACAGUCUAGACUGGAGCCUCGUGUUGACCUGCUGGCAGGAUGCACCCGCGAACUCCAGAAACUGAUUGAAGCCGACAUUUCAAAGAGAUACCACAAUAGACCAGUCAACCUGAUGGGGGUGAAUAUCUAGUAGACUGUGUUGAUGUAUGAAGUCAUAAUCUGCAAAAAU